UUUACAACAGCUGUUUUGGGGAGCUUUGCAGCACUGGGUUCUGUCUGAACUUCCCAACACUGUCGUUAUAUCAUUGUGUUUUAUAAAUAAUAAUGUUGCGGCAAUUUCUGUUCAGCACAGCAUCGCGUCGGUUGGUGCGGCCCAUGAUUGCCCCACAUCGCUCGGCCAGUAGCAGCCUCGACAAAACUGAGUUUACAACUCCGUCGCAGAUAGUCGACUACGAUGAUCCCCCGCAUUUGCCUGUGCCUGAGUAUCCACUCCGACCCGACGAGCCCCUCGAGACUCGCAAGCAGCGGCUGCUGUAUCAGAGUCGGAAGCGUGGCAUGCUCGAGAAUGAUCUGCUCCUCAGCACGUUUGUGGCCAAGCAUCUGAGGGACUUCUCCGCCGCCCAGACAGCCCAGUACGACGAGCUCAUAAACGGCGUGAGCAACGACUGGGACAUAUUCUAUUGGGCCACCGAAACGAAGCCCACACCGCCCCAGUAUGAUACGGAGAUAAUGCGAAUGCUAAAGCAGCAUGUGAAGAACGAGGAGCGCGUGCAGCGCAUAAGACAGCCCGACUUGUAGGAGCGUCGGGUAUCUAUGAUGUCAACCCAGAUAUUUCAAUCGCAUUUUACACGGGAAAAUCUUAUGUAUUCGGUUUUAGCACAUUAUAAAUAUAUGUAUUUGUUUGUUUAACCUAAGCACUGAAUUGUUCGCUAAGAUAUUGCUUGUAACAUUUGUUGGGAAACGCAUCUUUACACAUCCGUGAGUGCAAUUUGAGUUAUAGAAAAGGAGAGACUUUCUUUUGGGAGUUGCAAUUUUUGACCUAGUUCUUCACCAAAUAAAACACGGUUUUGAUUUCCUGAAAUACACAUCCAUACAAUAUAUUUAAACGAUUAUCCA